AGAAAAGCUUUCUUGUUGAUUCAACUGAAGGCCAUGACGCUAAAUAGCAGCGGCAGGAAGAGACCUAAUAUACUUAUCACCGGAACUCCGGGCACAGGGAAGACAACUACGGCGGCUGCUCUGGCGGAGGUGACAGAGCUCCGCCACAUCAACGUCGGCGAUUUCGCUAAUGAGGAAAACUUGACGAACGGCUGGGAUGACACCUUCGAUUGCUACUACAUCAAUGAAGACCUCGUAUGUGAUGCUCUUGAAAACUUGAUGGAAGAAGGUGGAAACAUCGUUGAUCAUCACGCCUGUGACUUCUUUCCUGAAUGUUGCUUUGAUUGUGUGGUGGUACUUCAAACUAACAGUUCUGUCUUGCAUGAACGGUUCACUAAGAGGUACUCUUAUCAAUUGAUCCUUACUUUUCUGUUCGUAUGCAUCUCUAGUAUCGCCCUAUUAAAUAUGUCUAGACUGUUUGACUGUCCCAGAGGUUACUCCGAUCAUAAGCUUGCUACUAAUAGUGAGUGUCAAAUCUUUCAAGUUUUGUUGGACAAGGUAAAAGAGAACUAUCCAGACGAUAUUUUGGUCAUACUUAGAAGUGAUUUCCUAGAAGAUAUUACCAAAAAUGUGGAGACGCUGACCAGUUGGAUUAGUAAUUUGAGCCCUGCCGUAUGACUAAAGUAUCAAAACAGAUGUAUUAUAGCAUAUUAAGGCUAUAGAUAAGGUCAAAAUCACUUUUAUGUGUAUACAAUAUAUGCUAGGCUAUGUGUCACUAAGCUUAAACAAGAACAUUUCACGGAUGAACGCAGGCUUGACUAAUACUUUUGAGACUAUCA